UACUCAGCAUUUUUAAGAUUUUAAACAUAUUGAAUUAGUAUGUGACGCCUCACGUACUAAUUCAAUAUGUUUAAAAUCUAUUUAAUAUGCAAUUAACCGAAAGGAGAAAAGUUUUUAAUCUAGUCCGGACAUUACAGGACAACAUCUGAAAACACAAGUUUGAUUAGCAGCCACAGCAGUGGAAAAACAAAAACCCAAAGAAACUGUGUCUACUUUUAUAUUAAGGUUAAAUGGAAAGCUUAAAAAUCAGGUGGACCCUAGGUUUCACAGGCGAGGGUCUUCAGUUUGUGGACAGUAAAACAAUUUGUUACAUAAUUGGGAACAAUAUAUUUUUCCUGGACCUGGAAUCAGAAGUACACAGUGUGUUUCAGGGCACUAGCAGGGGCAUUGGUGUACUGACUGCCAGUGGCAUCACUGGGGUUUUUGCUUUUUCUGAGCAGAAGUUAUCACCAUCUAUAUUUGUGCAUGGUUUUCCAGACUUUCAACUGAAAAGUGAACUAAAAGGAACAGCACAGCUCGACUACACAUCUCUGGCACUGAGUGAUGGUGGUCCAUAUUUGGGUUGCUGUUCCUCUCUUCCAGACCACAGCAUAACUGUGUGGAACUGGGAAAAUGCUGAGCCAAUAUGCACACAAGCACAAGCGGGCAGAGACGUUUUCUCUUUGCUGUUUAAUCCUACAAAUUGGCUUCAGCUCUGUGCUCUGGGCACGACAUCCAUCACUGUCUGGAACAUUGAGAAAAGUGCCAGCUUUCAUGUCCUGAAACCAUGUGACAUCCAGCUUCCUGCAAUGGAGGGUUUGUCUGCAGAGAAACAGACGCCCACUCCUCAUAGAGUCAGUGAGAGUUUGUCCUACUUUGGGCCAGAAAUGCCACCAUCAGCUAUUGCAGGUCUCAAGUGUGACACGGCAGAGGGCAUUGUGACUAAACUCUUCACAAGAAACAGACUAACUCCUACUGCCAUCUGCUGGACGACAACGUCAGAGCUCCUCGUGGGCUGUGCAGAGGGAUUCCUCCUACUCAUUGACCCAGAGAGCCUGUCUCUCUCUGUCCUCUUCAAUCCCACAUGCCCCGGUGCAGUUGUUGAUCUUACAAGCGGCAGUUUUCAAAGUCUAACCCUUGACAAAAAAGGACUGAUUAUUGUUGUGAAGGAUGCUUUGGUGCACAGUCUGCAAAUUAAAGGGGCUCAGGUUGAAGUCGUACAAACCUGGAAGUUAGAGGGACCGGCUACAACCGUGAUGUACUCCCCUGACUAUGAAAUAUUACUUUCAUAUUCCAGGACAGGUGCAAUUUACAUGUUGAACUCCUCUCAGUCAGACGUGAUAGUGAAGGUCCUGGAUGUCCUUAGUGGAAACUUUGUGUCAGCAGCUUUCCUGUCCAACAAAGAGAACACUUGUGUGACGAUAAGGGAUUCUGGAGAGUUGCAAAUGUUGUCUGCCGAUGGUGCGUGCCUUGGAUCUCUGCACGUGGAAGUCAAGGUCACAAGUCUGGCCUGCUGCCCUGCUGCGAACUACGCAGCUGUAGGAACAGCAUCAGGACAGGUCCUCUUUGUGGACUUGAACAACGCGCAUGAGCCUCGCCUCGUGCAUCAACUUCAGCUUUACCACACUGCAGUCAAUCAUUUAGCUGUUGAUCAGGAGGGUCACUACCUUUUCACCGGUUCUUCAGAUUCACAUAUUUACAUAAUAGAUGCAAAGCCGUCCAAAGGAUUUUCAGUCAUUGGAUACACAGUUGCUCCUGGAGCUAUUUUGUCUCUUUCCACUCAGUGUGUGAGAGACAGUCAACAGGUGAAGGUUCUUGCUCUGUGCAGUGGGCAGGAGUUCAAGACUCAUGGUGGUAACCUGCUCACACUGCUCUCUCUGCCUGCGAAAGACAUCACGGGCCCAAACUUUGUCGACCGACACGGUUGUCUGACAUCUGACAGCCUUGAAGCAUCCGUGUAUGAAGUUCCUCACCCCUUGCAGUGCUGUGUUCUCGGAGUCUCCGAGGUCUUCGCUUACUGUCACAUGAGGAAAAGUCUCCAGUGCUUUCAACUUGCCCAGGAAACAGACGUUCCCACUGAGCAGAAGGUCCAGCUAAAAGCAGUGCAGGAAGUUCGGGGUCAUCCUCUGGGCCCUGCUUCUCUGGCUCUGUCUCCUAAUAACUCACGGCUGGCCUCUGUAGGCCAUGACGGCCUGCUACGUGUUCGAGAAACAGCCGCCAUGGAGCGCUACGCUGAGCUGCAGUGUCACGUCUGUCGACUUGGUGGAGCGGGGAGCGUGGCCUUCUCUGCAGACGGCACGAAGCUUCUUACUGUUAAAGAUGGCUGUCUGGUGUGCACAGAGCUCAGAAAUCAAGAUGUGGUUGAUGAUGUGAAUACAGCAACUCAGCAAAGUCAGAAAACAACUCAUUUUGUGAAGGCAACGUUCACUAAGGAGAACCCUGUCCUUAUUGAAAUGCCCGUGUGGAACCAACAACCCUGGGCUGAUGUAGUAAAAGUGAAGGGGAGCAGCAGCGGCGGAGCUGAUUUUGCGGAUGUGACUGAGCAGCAUGAGGGUGUUGGCAGCCUGCUGUCAGCUUCACCUUCAACCCCAACCUGGCAGGAAAGCAGACAAGAGGCGGUGACGAAUGAAGACAAUGAAAAGGUUUUUGAGGUGAAGGCAAACAUGAGGCAAACCGUGCAAGAGUUACGUGCUGCUAUCCAGGAGAUGAUGCGUGAAAAUGAGAACCUCCCAGCCGUGGAGCGUCUGUCACCACAGGAGUUCAACCUGGAUGUUGAGGAGCAGAGGAGAGUAGAGGCCACAGUGCAGGAGGAAGUGAACAGGGUAAAAGAAGAAAUUGAAAGGGAUAUCACAGCAAAGUGUUACCUGGGUGACAUCCUGAAGAGAGAGUGCUGGGAUUCGGUGAAGGUCAAAGGCAGAGCCAUUAAGGGCUUUUGCUCCAAACACGAGGUGAAGAACUACCCUCUGAGGGAGCGAACAGAAAAACAGGUGGAGGAGCUCAACAGAGUACAGAAUAUCAGGAGGAUCGAAAUGGCUGCCAGCACACACCGUGGCCUGGAGAAAAGUCUCAACACACCCAGCCACAAAGAGGAAAAUCAGGAGGAAGACUGCAUGGCACACAGUGCUGCCGUAACAGGAAGUUUCUCCGCUCAGCUGGGAUGUUCAAAUCCUUACACAUAUGAUCAGUUCAGCCUGCAAACCACCGAGCAGAUGCUCAACCAGAUUAUUCUGCUACAGGAUGUGAUUCAUCGCAUCAAGACGUCCUUCAACGCCGAGUUUGAAGCCGUGCACAGGCAGAAGGUGCAGGAGCUCAGUCGUGUGAAAGACAGGAACAGACUGAUUAGGGACAUCAUGCUGAAGCUGGAUGUGAAGGAGAACCUGUGGGAGCCCACACUGAGCAACAGCGAGUGUCCAGAGAGGCUGCUGACCGUGGAGGAUUCUGAGAUAAAAGCAGAGAAGUUUCUCAGCCCGGAAGAAAAAAAGCAGGAGGAGAGAAAGAAAUUGGAAGAGCAGCGACGUUUGGCUGCCAAGGGCGAUGACAGCAGAGAGAGAGGACUUGAUGACAUGAUGGAAGGAGUUCUGGAAGUGAAAAAAGAAGACAUUUUGAAAAAGGAAAUACCUCUGCCCGAGUUUGUGUUAACCAAAGCUGAACCUGACUGGAGUGAGGAAGAGAAAAAAGUCUACAAACAGUACGAAAAGAAAACGAAAGCCUUAAGUGAGGAGAAAGAGAAAUACAAACAGUUACUGGAAACUGAAAUGAAAAAACUACAGGCCUGCACCAGAGAGGCAACUGAAAGGUUUGAUGAGACUCUGGCAAAGCUCUACCAGAAGAAGUUCAAGUGUGAAAUGGCCGUGUAUCAGGAAGAGCUGAAAAUCACAUAUCUUGUUUAUUCGUUGCUCGCGGAAGAGGAGAUGAGGAAUCGAGAGCUGGAGCUCAAGCUCAAACUUGAAAAGUUGUUGGCGUUCAAGGAUGACAUUGGAGAGGAGGUGAGGAGGCGGGAAGAAGAAGUGGAAUUGUUUCAUGAGGAAUAUGACACCAUCGUAGCAGAGGACAAAAUUCUGGACAAGGAAUUCAGGAAGGAGUUCUUGGACGUGCCAGCAAAUAUUGUCGAUCAUUUGUAUAAGCUCUUCAAGCGCAGACCCAGGCUUCAAAAGCUGAGGACUCAGACCAACAACAAACCUAACUUGGUUAAAGAGCAGCGGUCCGGCGGUUCCUCGGCUGCAGAUGCGCUGGGCAAAAUGUUCAAGGCCAUGGAGGAGCUGGACGCUGCGGAAAACGCACCUGAGGGUUUGAACCUGUCCAUCUGGGAGAGAUUCUGUCUUGUACGCAGAACAAAAAUAGAGAGUGAACAAAAGGUCAGAGAAAGAGCGCUGACCUUCGCAGAGAUGCAGGCGUUUCUGCAGAAGAGGAGAGACGAACACAGGGCCGUGGAACAGGAAAUGAAAACUCUGUCUGAUGAUCUUGAGAGUCUCCAUAGGGAGAAAAACCGAUUCCUGAUGGACACCAUGGUCCAGGUCGUGGUCAAACAAGGUCAGGUGUCCACCUUGAGGUCUGACGACUACACCGAUGCUGUACUGCUCCACAGGAGUGCGGUGGGAGAACUCAACAGAACCAUCAGGACGCUUGCGGAGCAGAAAAUCACUGCCAUGGUGGAGUGCAAAGACUUCAGCAGGGGCACAAUCCAACUCGGGUGGGAGAAAGACGUGAUGAGGAUGCAGAUCGAGGACCUGAACAACAAGGUCAGGGACAUCAGGACGCUGCACCUCACUGAGGCACAGCAGGACUAUCUCAACAGAAUUGAUCGAGACAAACGUGCAUUUAUGCAGAUUUCAGUACUGGAGAAAACUCUAGCUUUUCAGGAGAAGACACACGUACACAAUGUGCAACAACACAUGAAAACGAUAAAGCAGUACAACAGCCAGGCAGCAAAGAAAAGCACCGAAAACACAACUUUGGAACAGGGGCUCCCAAAAAUGCAGGUGGCGUUAGAGGAGACGAAGCACAUCUACCAAACAAUAGCUUCACAGGAAAAUCGAGGUGCAACAGAGGAGCGCUUCCGUGAAAUCGUUCAGAAGAAAAACCUGGAGGACCUGGCCAGAGCGCAGGCUGAAGAUCUUGUCCUCCUCUGGACGGAGCUGGAGCGUCUAAGAAUGAAGAACUUCCCCUCACUGGACCAACUCAAACACAACUGAAAACCGUUUCUCUUCAUCAGAAAACUUUAAAUUAUAUAUAUUAUUUUUUUACAACUGAAAAAUUUAGCAGCAACAAAU